ACUCAAUCCAACCAAAAGCUACAGAAUAAAAUUCUUCUUUAUAUAUUUUUGCUUAAAUUAGAAAUUCUCAUAAACAAAUUAAACGUUAUUUAUUUUAAAUUAUGUUUUCUUUGGGUUUGCAGGUCUCUCUAUCAAUCUUUCCUUUUCUAAUUUUAUUUCUUUCUUAAUUUGUUUUAAUUAAGAAACUUUUUUCUUAAAAAAACUUUCUUUAUUCUUCAUAUGCUAAAAAAGAUUACAACUUUAGCUUCUAUAACCUCUUAUAGAUUCUUCAAGUUCAUAUCUUUAUCUCUCUCUUUAAAAGAUUGCGUCUUUGUGUUUGUGUCUAUGGGUUCUAUUUGAAAGUUCUUUUUCUUUUUCUUUUCUUUUUUUCUUUUCCUUUGUAGCUGGAAUUUGGUGGCAUGUUCAUUUCUGGGUUGAAAUUGUUGAGGUGAAAAGAGAGCUCUAAAAGCUAGUUUUUAUAUUUUCCACAUUAUUGAAAAGGAACUGUUUGUUUGAGCUUAUUAAUUCAACAAUAUGUCACAGACCAACUGGGAAGCUGAUAAAAUGUUAGAUGUGUAUAUCCAUGAUUAUCUAGUGAAAAGAGAUUUGAAGGCUUCUGCUCAGGCUUUUCAAGCCGAGGGAAAAGUAUCAUCUGAUCCUGUUGCUAUUGAUGCACCUGGCGGCUUUCUCUUUGAAUGGUGGUCAGUCUUUUGGGAUAUAUUCAUUGCUAGGACAAAUGAGAAGCACUCGGAGGUUGCUGCAUCUUAUAUUGAGACUCAGUUGAUUAAAGCACGGGAACAGCAGCAGCAACAGCAGCAGCAGCAAGCUCAGCCACCACAGCAUCAGCAGCAGCAGCAGCAACAGCAGCAACUUCAGAUGCAACAACUCCUAUUACAAAGACAUGCUCAGCAACAGCAACAGCAACAGCAGCAGCAGCAGCAGCAGCAGCAGCAGCAGCAGCAGCAACAGCAGCAGCAGCAGCAGCAGCAGCAGCAGCAGCAACAACAACCACCACAACAGCAGCAGCCUCCUCAGCAACAGCAACAGCAGCGAAGGGAUGGUAGCCACCUCCUAAAUGGCUCUACAAAUGGACUUGUGGGAAAUGAUCCUCUCUUGCGCCAAAAUCCUGGAACUGCAAAUGCCUUGGCAACAAAGAUGUAUGAAGAAAGAUUAAAACUACCAAUUCAAAGGGAUACCUUGGAGGAUGCAGCAAUGAAGCAAAGAUUCAGUGAGAAUGUAGGCCAGCUUUUGGAUCCAAAUCAUGCCUCAAUACUGAAGUCUGCAGCAACUCCCCAGCCUUCAGGGCAAGUGUUGCAUGGUACAGCUGGUGGAAUGUCCCCACAGGUUCAGGCUCGGAAUCAACAAAUUCCAGGGUCCACACCAGACAUCAAAAGUGAGGUCAACCCAGUCCUAAACCCCAGAGCUGUCGUCCCAGAGGCAUCAUUAAUAGGAAUUCCUGGAUCAAAUCAAGGUGGUAACAAUUUGACUUUAAAAGGGUGGCCACUCACUGGGUUGGAUCAGCUACGAUCUGGGUUUCUUCAGCAACAAAAACCUUUUGUACAGGCACCUCAACCCUUUCAUCAACUUCAGAUGUUGACACCACAACAUCAACAACAGCUUAUGCUUGCACAGCAAAAUUUAACAUCACCAUCUGCUAGUGAUGAGAAUAGAAGAUUGAGAAUGCUUUGGAACAACAGGAAUAUGGGGGGGCUUGGCAAGGAUGGACUUGUAAACCCUGUCGGUGAUGUGGUUCCAAAUGUUGGAUCUCCUUUACAAGCUGGUGCUUCUCUCUUGCCUCGUGGAGAUACAGAGAUGCUGAUUAAGUUAAAAAUAGCCCAGGCCCAAAUGCAGCAGCAGCAGCAGCAGCAGCAACAGCAGAACAGUAAUCCACAGCAGCCACCACAGCAUCAGCAGCAUGCUCUUUCAAAUCAGCAGUCACAGAGUUCAAGCCACAAUCUUCAUCAGCAAGAUAAGAUGGGGGGUGCUGGUAGUGUCACAGUAGAUGGUAGCAUGUCCAACUCUUUUCGAGGAAAUGAUCAGGUUUCAAAAAGCCAGACUAGAAAGAGAAAACAGCCAGUAUCUUCUUCAGGUCCUGCCAAUAGCUCUGGAACUGCAAAUACAGCAGGACCUUCCCCAAGUUCAGCACCAUCAACACCUUCAACUCAUACCCCUGGAGAUGUGAUCUCGAUGCCUUCUUUGCCACACAGUGGUAGUUCUUCUAAGCCUCUAGUGAUGUUUGGCACUGAUGGCACAGGCACUCUUACAUCUACGCCAAAUCAGUUGUGGGAUGAUAAGGAUCUUGAAUUGCAGGCUGACAUGGAUCGUUUUGUGGAAGAUGGAUCCCUUGAGGAUAAUGUUGAUUCUUUUUUAUCCCAUGAUGACACUGAUCCUAGAGAUACAGGUCCGCGUAUGGAUGUCAGCAAAGGGUUCACAUUUACAGAAGUAAGUUCUGUAAGAGCAAGUGCAAGCAAAGUAAUUUGUUGCCACUUCUCUUCAGAUGGAAAACUGCUGGCUAGUGGUGGCCAUGAUAAAAAGGCUGUGUUGUGGUACACGGAAAGUUUAAAGCCAAAAGCUACACUUGAUGAACAUGCGGCAUUAAUUACAGAUGUCCGUUUCAGUCCAAGCAUGCCUCGCCUUGCCACAUCUUCCUUUGACAAAACUGUUAGAGUUUGGGAUGUUGACAACCCUAGUUUCUCAUUACGUAAUUUUACGGGACAUUCAGCCUCUGUCAUGUCAUUAGACUUCCAUCCAACUAAGGAUGACCUCAUUUGCUCUUGCGAUGGGAAUGGUGAAAUACGGUACUGGAGCAUUAACAAUGGUAGUUGUUCAAGAGUCUUCAAGGGUGGUACGGCUCAGAUGAGAUUUCAGCCUCGUUUGGGAAGGUAUCUUGCUGCAGUUGCUGAAAAUGUUGUAUCUAUACUAGACGUUGAGACACAAGCUUGCCGGCAUUCGUUACAGGGACAUACUAAUUCAAUCCACUCUGUUUGUUGGGAUCCUUCCGGUGAGUUUCUAGCAUCGGUAAGUGAGGACUCUGUGAGAGUAUGGAGACUUGGAUCAGGAAGUGAGGGUGAUUGCGUUCAUGACUUAAGCUGUAAUGGCAACAAAUUCCACUCCUGUGUAUUUCACCCUACUUAUCCUUCACUACUAGUCAUUGGCUGUUACCAGUCUUUGGAGCUUUGGAACAUGACUGAGAACAAGACUAUGACUCUAGCAGCUCAUGAAGGACUAAUUGCUGCCCUGGCUGUAUCACCUGUGACAGGAGUGGUUGCUUCUGCCAGUCAUGAUAAGUUUGUCAAGCUGUGGAAAUAAUGUGGUUAUCUUGCCAAGCAUUUACUCAUUACUGUUUAAAUGCUUUUAGCUUGUUUAUUUUGGUUAGUCUGCCUAUUUUGUGGUUAUUCAAUUUCAGGUCCUUAUAACCCCAGACACUAACCUCUGUUGGUUCUUGUUGUUGUAUCUGUUACAUAACACCGCCGUUAACUUACAGAUCAAUAUUCGAGCUUCUUGUGGAGUUUGUAUCUUGUAAUGUUAUGUACUCUAUUAAGAAAUAUAUGCUCCUUCAUCCAGGUUUCCUAUUCGAUCAA